UUUUCUGAGGUAAAACUGGAAAAUUUUUCAACCAGAGGGACCAUAGGGGGUCACAACUACUGGACCAUACCGAUUUUCAGAAAUUGUCUUAAAAAGCUGAAAUUCGAUUUAUAUAUGUACUUACUGGGCCCACUGUAGCUGUACCUAGCGGUUAUCUUUAAAACCGCUGGAAAUAAUGAAAAUCUGAUAUGUGCAUUAGAUUCCUCAUGCAAUUUUGCAUAAUUAACACUUAUCAAUUUGUAACAUCUUGCAUAGUAUAGCAGCAGGGAAAAUAUUGAAGAGACGCGGGCGGCGAUAAUUUUUCACCAAAAAAAUGAGACGAGAAAUAUGAAAUUUGAAAAGUGUGACAGGAAUCGAACCUGAACUUUAAUUUAGUCCAACGGACUAUAAAAACGUUCAUAAACACUGGACCGACUAAGAACAGUCGAAGAACAAUUUUUUGAAAGUUUACAAGGACCACACCCAUGCUGAAUGCGCUGAAGGAUGGAAUCCGAAGAAAUUCACGAAAUUCCAACGGAAACCAGCCUUACAGCUGACAUUGUCUAUGCAAAUUAUCCAACGCGUGCUCAAAUUGAAGCUUAGGCUUAAGGCUUUGAAAUGUGGUACUUGCCACAUCCUGAUCGUACCCCAAAGGGAAACUAGAUUAAAUAAAUGCAGGCGUCACCUCCAGAGGUACGCUCCAAAAAAGUGAGCAGGAUUCUUUUUACAAAUGAGGAGAUUUUCACAUCGGGAUAAUCUUUUUACAAAUGAGGAGAUUUUCACAUCGGGAUAAUCUUUUAACAAGAGAGUUGUCCUAAUCUACGCAAAAUCGGUCAGAGACAUCCCCCGAUAUAGACUAAAGGUCAUAAAGUCACAUUAUCCAGGUUUUUCGAUGAUUUUGGCAAUUAGGAGCUAAUUUGGGUAAUUUGUCUACAUUUUGCUGAAAAUUGGGGGGAGGUGGGGGAAUCAAAUUUCUUAAAAUAUGUUUUUGUGUCCGUGGUACAUCCCCUAAGUGAGAUCCAAUUCAAUGGAAUCGGUGGGACCUCUCAGCAGGACUGAGAACGAACUUAAAGUGCAAAAAAUGACCCAAGCGUAGCUAAAAAAACAAAUUCCGGUCUAUAUCUCCAAUCAGAAAUGGUCAUCAUCCUUGCUGGAUUUGAAUCACCGGAAUCUGAAAAAUGGUCCAAGUUAGGGGCAAAGGUGUGUUCUAAACCCCGUGUAAGUGCAGAGGCUUGGAAAAAAUUUCUGACCACGAAAUGGAACACUAUGUCCACAAAUUCAGUGCGUGCUUCGGAAAAGGACUGCAGGCGGCGUCUUGAGCGCUGCGUUAGUGUGGGGAGAGGAAAUUUCGAAAACUAAAAAUUGUUUUCUAAUCAGAAAUUAACUGGCUUUCGACUAAAAUUUACUAGAAUUCUGUAACGCAAAAACUGUUAAAGCUAUAGCGUCUUAUUUAGCGUACAGUUUCAGUGGGCCACCUGGUAUAUGAUAUCGUGAUAUUUAACGGCUUCUCAUGUAAUUUACAUUAAUGGUGAAUAUGUCGAGGGUUUUGUACACUUGCUUAUAAAUGCAUACACACAUGUAAACUCGGUUAAAUUGCAUGCAAUCAAUCCAUAAGUCCUUCUGAAAUGUGCAUAGGUCGUGGUUGCGAAAUCUAGUUAUUAGUACAUUAAUGCAAUCUAACGACGCCUACCCACGUCACUUAAAAGGAUAAUUAUGCGGUGCAAAGGUCAUAAAUAUACUCAAUCAGCAAGUACUCGUACAAAGUGUAAAUGUAUUUAUUUAGCCAAAUGGCUUACUGAAUUAUAUCAUUAACUGUGACAAUGGUCAUCAACUAGAUACAUUUUAAUGCUGGAAAUGCUUCACGUAUGAUUACAAGUAAAGUCAUCAUCAAACCAUUUGUGAAUUUAAUAAUAUGGUAGCAUCACAAUAAAUGAACUAAUAUCCUGUGUACUUCAGGAAUUUUUAUGCGCAUUUCCUCAUGAUUUGGGGAACAGGGUUCCAAGAAGGAUUUCCAUAAAUGGUGGUUUCUCGAGGGUUUCUCUAUGUUUGAAUUUAUAAAAUGAUUUUAAAAAUUGUUAUGCAUUAUCCAAUAUAUUUAUGUACCAAUUAAUCACGUGACUUUUAACUUUACAUCAUAAGUUUAUGCUGAAGACAAAUCGGACUAGAACCCUAGGAAUACAUAGGUGCGACACAUUCAUAAAACUAUAAUUAACACCGUCAUCCGUUAAUUUAUGGCAUUAGCUAGCAUCACACUGACCGACAGGGACAUAUAAAAAUAUAAAAUGCAGUUAAAAAUCUUUCUCAGUCGCCUCCGAGGAUGAUCAACUAAAAAAAUAAUUUUCACAUAAGACUGAAAUUUGUGAUAAUAAAAAUGAAUUUAACCACUAUCAUAUUUUUUUCAUUUUGUGUGCUGGGGACAUGCGCUGCUCCAUCUCCACAAACGGGUUCGAACGAUACUAUUGAGUGUGCCGGAUUUAUAUCCCAGAUUCCAGGUGAAUGUGUUGCUUCGGAAGAAUUGUGCAGUCCGAAACAGGGAAUGGUAUCGUUCCAAUGCUUGCUAAGCCCUACAUCAGUUUGUUGUCCGACAUAAGGAAUUUCAAAGAUUUGUCAUAUUGUUGAAAGCAUUAUGAAAACUUGGAUGCGAGUGAAUUUUGUAACUAAUCAAUAAAAUUAUUCUGUUCGAAGUGAAUUUUUAGUGAUUAGGCCUUCGAGGGUUGGGCAAACCAGCAAAAAUGUUCAUAUUCUAUGUUAAUUCAGUCAUAAUAAUAUUGGGUUUGUUCUUAUAUUAAAAGAUUACAUAUUGUAUUUAUAUGAUACCGACCUUCAAAGGGCAAUUGUGUAUUUAUGCGGAGAAAGGCAAACUUGAGAACGAUUGAGAUUUUCCUUUACGGUUUUGUAGAAUGAGUUUGUAGAAAGUGUAACUUUGACUUUCGACUAUUUCCACAUAAAUUUGUAUGCAUGUUUCACUUCUAAGGUAUUAACAUUUUCUAUCUGUAGUUCCUAUUUUACCAAUAAUUGCUAAAAUUAUGGAUGGUUUUACUUUUAUGUAAUGUGGUGAGGCCACGAAUAUUACUAAUUUAUUUAAACAUGCAUUAAAGACAAACGUUUGAACAUUACUUUGAGGAAACUUAUAUACAUAAUUUUGUGCUAGUAGGAACUUAAUAAAGCGGUGAAUGUCUACAGAUCAAAUCAAAUUAUAGUAAUUUCAUUUGGUACGCAAUUACUUUUAUCCGGUAUAAUCGUACAAUUAUUCUGUACAAUGUAAUCAUCGGACAAAAUAUAGAGUGAUAGAAGCUCAAAUGCACAAUUUGGAUGUUGCAUACAUUCCACGCAAAAUUGAUGCAGUCUACAUCAUAAUUUCUAGAAUAACUUUGAGUCACUGUAAAUUACCCAUAUCUAUCCUUUGUUAGAAAGUAAAAAAAAAUAUCUAUAAAUUUGUAGGUAAGAAUCGUAAGUCAUAAAUAAAUAUACAAAUCGAGAAACAAUGGUCCCGAGUGAAAUUUGUAAAAUUUAAUUUAUAUUAACCGUUUUGUAAAUAUUUGGUGAUUUUGCAGCUUUAAGAAAGUCAUUCAUAUCAUAAAAUGUUUAAGAUUAAUCCUAAAAUGUAACUGGCGAAAAUUUAUCGUUCUACUAUAUACGUUUUACUUCUUAUUGUACUUAGAAGUAUAAAUACGGAGCAGAAAUUUUGAAAGAAAACUAUCCAAAUCAUUUGUUAUCUGGAGGAAAAUUAAUAAAUUGCUUCAAUAUCACAAGAAAUAGGUGGGAAAUUUCAGCUAAAAGAACGUGGUAUUUUGCCAAAUAUUUAUGUACGUAUGGAUGUUUAGUGUAUAUAUAUACUUAUAGUACAUCCAUGCAUAUAUGUAUAUCGUAUUCAUGACUUAAUGGCUAGAUUAAGGAAAGAGGAUUAUGCAUAUUAUGCGCGAUUUCCCUCAGGGAAUUUUCCGGCGUUAAAUUAUUGCAUAAAUACAUAUCCUUUAACCCGUGGUCUUAAUAACGUGGAAAUGGAAGGUUUCAUCAGGUCCUUGGUUAUGCAAAUAUUUACCUACAAAACUCACAGACAGUUUAUCUGGAUAAAAUAUUUACAAGUCCAAUUGCGGACUUUCCCAUAACAAGUUUCCUUCUCCUUUAUGCCAAAUUAGUCUGAAAAAUUAAUUCACUAAUAAUAAACAUAGACAUACCCAUAAUUUUAUUAGAUUUGUGAUCCGAUUUUUAUUCGGAUAACACCCAACUGUAAAGUGUGCAUAUGUACAUGUCGAAAAUUCGGCAUUUAUGUAAAUAGUGACUUUUCAAAUAUUCGUUAACCUUCUUAACACUCAUCCUCAGAUAACUUAGAAAUUACUCUCUCUAUCGUCAGCACUUCUGACUCAGAACUGUUGAUGCUGAUACUGACGUAAGUUUGACAAAUUAAAAAACUACUAAUGAAAAAUUACUUCCAAGGGAUUUUGCGAAACCGUGGGAACUAAACUCAAAUGAAAAGUUCAUUGAUUUGAUAUCACAUACGUAACCCUUAUUAAAUAUAAUAAUGUAAAAUAAUUGUAUCCAGAGAGUUGCACAAUAGCAUAUUUUUAAUCUGUAGCUUACAUACAUACAUACAUAGGUACGUAAAGGAAACCAUUCUUACAUAGGUAAAUAUCCUUAUUCCUGGCUUUAGUACUUGUACACACAUAUGUUUGUAUAAGUACGCCUAAGCUCUUUACGGAAACAUAAUUAUAAAAGCUUGAUGACGGUGAAUAAACAAGCUGUACCUACAUAAUUACGAUAUUGGCUAUUUUAUGCGUGUGAAUUUCACUCAUCACUCAUCACUCUUGGACAAAAGGAGAACAUGCUUAUACUAAAAAGUAACUUAUGUACAUACGUAGGUUUUCACCCUAUGAUCAUUAGGACACAUCCCCAAUAAACUUUUUUCCGGACUUUGGAUUACGUAGAGAUCGGAGGGUAGAUUGCAAUUAGUAAUUACAGCGAGUUUUAUCCCUUACUAAUUACAUGCACUAAUAAUGCUACAAAAUAUUUUUUUCUGAAUGAAUCACUGGAUAAAAAUCUCAAACGGCAAUGCGAGUAGGUAGUAGUUCAAACAGUGCGAAGUUUCAUUGAUCUGUGUAUGCACCGUCAAACUAGUCCUUUUCCUGAUACUGUCCUCUAAUUCACCAAAUGACAAAUAUACAUAAAUAUAAAUAAGAUUGUGUAUUGUGUGUGCCAUAGUGAAAUGGCAUUGAAGGUUAAGAAUGGUUUUAAACGAUAUGGGAAUGACAAAUUUGUUCUUAAUAAUCUUAACGUGAAUGUUGACCGGGGAGAAAUCUAUGGAUUACUUGGUGCGAGCGGAUGUGGUAAAACUACUUUACUCUCUUGUGUUGUGGGCUUACGGAAGUUGGAUGCAGGAGAAAUCAUAGUUUUAGGACAAGACGCCUAUGGACAAUUGGGUGGCCUGUGUGGGUACAUGCCACAGGAAAUAUCCUUGUUAAAUUCUUUGUCUAUCUUCGAAUCACUGGAAUAUUUCGGCAUGCUUUAUGGAAUGAGUUCAACAAUGAGACAAAGCCAAAUCAAGUUUUUGUCAACUUUCCUUGACUUGCCCCCACUAAACAGUUGCAUCCAGGAUUUAAGUGGGGGGCAAAAACGUCGCGUAUCUUUGGCGACUGCCAUGAUUCAUAAUCCUCCUCUGCUCGUCCUUGACGAACCUACCGUAGGGCUAGACCCUUUACUUCGACAACGAAUUUGGGAACAUCUUGUCCAAAUUUCUCGAGAUUGUGGGACAACGAUCAUACUAUCGACACAUUACAUAGAGGAAACUAGGCGCUGCGACAAGGUUGGAUUUAUGCGUGGAGGUCAACUCCUUGCUGAAGCGUCUCCAAAAUCACUGCUAUCCCAAUUCAAUUGUGAUAGUUUGGAAAGCGUAGCGCUCCAAUUAUGCAGGGAAGAUAAGCACAUCCUGGAUUACAACGAGAAUAACUACACUUCGGAGUUUAACGAAGCCGUGCAGAUUAAAUCAUACCGAAAAGUUUCAAUUUCUAUGCAAAUCCAUCCAAAUCAGAUAACCCCAGUUGUAGAAACUCAUCACCACAAAAUAAUUUGGGCGUUAUUAAUGAAAUUCUGGUAUCGCCAUUUACGGGAUUGGAGGUGUCUUACAGCAGAAUUCGUAUUGCCAAUCAUGAUCAUCCUUGUAAUGCAAAAUGUUAUUGGUUUACCACCCCGAAACCUAAAGAUCGGUGUACUCACACCAAAUAGUGACGAAUAUUGCAUAAACAAUUCUACUCUAACUGAAUGUUUUGCAAAUAUUGGAAUUUGUAACUUUCUUCAAAAAUUUGAUGAUUCAAAAGUUGAAUGGAUUCCAAUAAACUCUUACGAGAAUGGUAUACAAAGCAUCCGCUUGGGAAAUACAAUCGGGCUUCUCCAGUUUCCGGUUGACUUUUCUACCCACUUUAAAAACAGAAUGGUAUAUCGCAAUUUUGCCAGUAAUGAAACUAUCCAAGGAUCCACAAUUUCCCUUGUGAUGGAUGAGUCAAAUGUGAUUAUAGCAUCGUGGAUGAAGUUAACAGUGGUGAAAAAGUAUCUGGAAUUCAUUUCAAGUAUUGCAUCAGCUUGCAAUCUGAAUCCUGCCAUUGUUGCGGAACCACUUAAAUUUAACGCAAUCUAUGGAAGUAUGGAAAUAUGGAAGGUCAUCUCCUACAUGCAACCGGGCAUUACAAUUUUGACUGUCUUCAUGCUAGCCAACUCGAUCGCCAUACUGUGGGUGGAGGACAGAGAGAAAGGUUUGGAAGACCGAGACUACGUUGCCGGUGUCAAACUGUGGCAUCGGAUGGUGUGCUACUUUGCAACAGAGUCAAUAAUAGGCUUCAUACAUCUGGUAAUUUUCUUCAGCUUGCUAACAGGCGUGUAUGGGAUGGAAAUUAGGGGGUCGUGGUACCUUGCGGUAGGACUGGUCAUGAUGACUGCGAUAUGCGGGUUCACGAUGGGGUGGAUGUUUGCCAUGUUAAAGGACAACGUUUUGGAGACAAUAAUACUGAUAUUAUUCAUGUCAAUAACUCAAGCGAGUUGUUCAGGAGGCAUGUGGCCCAUGGAAAUGGCUAAUCCGAUUUAUCGACACUUAGCUAAAUUACUUCCUGCGACAAUAAUUAUUGAAUCAUUUCAAUCAAUAUGCAUUAGAGGAUGGGGAUUAAGCCACUCUUCUGUGCUCAAUGGAUUCCUGACAGCCAGUGUUUACAUCGCGAUUUCAAUUUCAGUCUGUUUUUUAGCAGAGCGAAGGAGACGCAGAUAAUGCAUUUUGCAAUUGUAAUAAUUGUAAUUGCUUAAUAAGUGGAAAAGCCAAUGGAAAUAGAAAUCAAAAUUUGAAAAUGGUUUACGAAACAUAUUUUAGGUUUGAGUUCUAUUCACCAAAGGCUGGCUUAGAAAAGUUGAUGCUACAAUUAAUCACUCCCGCUGCUGUCAAUUUAAACUCAUUUCAAGAACUUUUGGUCUUCCCUCCCAAAGUGUGCGUAAAUUUUAUGCAAGCUAGAUGUACAAGAAACAAUUUUUACAUGUUUUAGUGUAACCACUAAAUUAAUUAUAGCCUAUAUAACGAAUUGAAAGCAAGAUUUGCGAAGUUUAAUUUUCCCGCCCAAAUCGGCUUUUGGGGCGCUUGAGGCGCGAUAAUCGAUUUUUUCGAAUUUACGUACUAUUAUGUAAGUAUUACUCAAUGUUUGUUUAACUUUCCAUGCAAUUACAAUCACUUUUAAAAUUCGGCGUGUUGGCUAUUUUCGGCUAUAAACAUUAGUGCUCGAAAAAAUGCACAAAUGCAAAUUACAACUCAAAAUCCGUUCCCAAAUGGUUAUUCGUAUCAACUUUCAUAAAAAAAACUGUCCAGAAUAAUUCCGGUGGGAACACCAUUUUUCAAUUCAUCUCCUAGUAAUUAACGUCAUGCAGUAGGUGAAAAUUCCGGGGUCAAGGGAAGAAAAAAUUCCACGUUGCUAGGGGUGAAAGGUAUGAAAAUAUGCGUCGCUCAGGGGUGAAGUGGUUAAUACCAACCAAAACUUAAAACCAACUCAUUUCAUUAUAUGUAGUACACAUCCAUCCAGUAACAGCACAUACAGAAUGAAGCAUGGAACAAAGGGAUUCUUUGCACAAACAAUUUUUUUGCUAAACUGAACUCAACCCGUUCUUAUAUGAAAUCAACCCAACUUGUUUUCCUACGAUUUUCACAUUACAUCUUCUCCGCAUACAUAGACGCUUAUAUUUAUAUGCGUUAAUUCCGCAUCAAUGCGCACUGCCUGCAAGGCUAUUACAACAAUGCAUGCUGAAUUUCUAACGUACAAUUUGCGCAAAUGCUCAAUAGCAUGUGUACGUAUGUGCUUGAUUGUUGCUAUGUUGACGUGGAUUCACUUCAGUGAAACAUGUGCGAACUAAAAGUACUUAAAAAUGUGAUCUAGGAUUUGCGUGUAAUUUUAUUAAUUUUAUUUAUGUACAUAAUAUAAUCACAUAUUUAGUAUUUUUAGUAUUACUUACUCGUAUUUAACAAAAUCGUAUAUUUACAGAAACAUUUAAAUACACACUUUGCAUACGAACCCGUAGUGAAUAAGUGGAGACUGUAUUUAACUAAAAUUAGGGUAAAAAAUCUACAGUAAUCAUGACUUAUUCUACCCGAAAUAAGAUAGGUCUUUCCGUACUCGUGAUAUCCUUUGUCGCAACAACGGUAGCGAUAUUAACACCAUUUUGGCUGCAAAACCGUGUAGACUCGACAUUUGCGAAAAUGGGAUUGUGGGUAAAAUGUGCACCUGGCGAAUAUCAGGAUGAGUACAGGAUAAAAUAUAAUAAAGCCGAAUUCUGGGAGGACGAAUGCAGUUGGAUCGUUUUACCAGUACAGUAUCCAUGGUUAUUUUUCGCAAUUCAAAUCUCGUACACGGGUUCUUGGAUUAUUCUGAUCUUCACUGGGGCGAAAUUGGCGUGGACAAUUCUCUGUUCGGGUAACAGGACUUAUGAAGCCAAACCGAUGCAAAGGACUGCUGUGUUUCUACUAUUUUCGGGUUUCCUCGGAGCGAUUGGAAUAGUUAUAUUCUUCACAAUGUGUGAAAGAUGGACUCCCAAAAGCAGGGAUAAUUUUAUUUCUUGGUCUUUUUGGUUGGGAACGCUAGGUGCGUUGGGACAAAUUGGAGCCAGUUUAAUUUUCAUGACCUAAUUAAGGUUUCAGUGAACAAAUAAAUGCCAUACAUAAAUUAAUUAAUGAUCAAUUCUAAAAUAGUUGAAAUAUUAAGUCGGUUGUCAAAUAUCCAUACCUUUAAUAGCCACCACGAUUACAAUCACUAUUCUGGAACUGGAUAAGUACAAGCAAAUAUGUCGUUACUGUUCCAAGUAUCUGCACGUUGUGAAAGUGACAUGACUCUUUUACAGUGUUAUAAUUUUGUAAUGCAAUUAUUUAUAUCGAUGUACUCACAGGAGUGAUAAUUUUCAAGUCCACAUUGAAAAAACCUGUUGCAAUCCUGAUCGGUUUCAUUUUCACAGAGUUUUUCUAAACAUACAGUAUCAGUAUUUAUUAAGUAAUUUCCUUGUCUAAUAAUGCAAAAUUAUGUAGAUUUAACUUACAGGUAUAUUUUCAUAAAUUGCUAACGCUUCCAAAAUUUCUUUAGUCUCUUCACUUUCAUUCAGUAAAUCCGAACCUUUCUUACACAUUUUAUAAAUUAAGUAAAAAUAUACAACAACAGUUAAUAGAUUUUGAGCAACGGGUCGCAAACGACGUGACGGCAUGGAAGAAAUGAAAAAUCCAGAAAAUACAAUUCUUAGCAAACUGUGCCCAAUAUCAAGUGUGAUCCAAACUCUGAACAAUUUGUUAAAUUCGUCUAUCUGUUCGUUUAAUUUGUUGUAAAGUUUUAAUAAAAUUUCACACUCGGUGUAGUUCACAUUUUUAA